CAGACUUCUUAAGGCUACAGUGCACCUGGAUUCCUAAGGAUUAGCAACGGGCUUGCUUCCGAGUUCUUGACUCCCUUCCAGUUUUGUCCAAAAAAACCCAAAAUCUUUUUCCUUUUUUUUUUUCCUUCCACCCUUCCUUUUUAGAUUUUGGUCUACAGCACGCUAAGGAAAAAGAUAGGGGGUGACGGGAGGGAUGAGCAGCAGUGGGCUGGUUCUGAACACCCCGCUUCCUGAAGAAAACACAGUAUUUACUCCAUUAAAACCAGUCACAAUGUCUGGGGAGUCUGCUGAAGACACCUCGGUCUUUGAAGACAUCAAACCCGCUAUAAGGAUCUUGGAAAACCAGCAUGACUUGGCACAGCUUUAUCCUGUGAAGAUGGAGCCACGAAUGCCACUCCCUCUAGAGGCACGUUCUGAAAUGGACAAGUAUCUUUCAAGUCAGGCACCACCAGUACCAAUGCUGCCAGACAAGAAGUAUCGUCGUGAGAGUGCCUCAGUGGUGGAUGAGUUCUUCUCAACAGAGAAGCCAAACUCUGCACCAUAUAGUGUGAACAUCAAUGUGAUACUGCCUGACACCACACACCUACGGACCGGACUCUACCGGCCAUCCAAACCCCUUAUGCCCUUCCCACAGAUCAAAACAGAACCUGGCACCAGCUUUGCCCAGCCCUGCUCCUCCACAUCUGGGUCAACACAGACCCUGCCAGAUUUUACCAGUGUCUUCAGCAUGCCUCAGUCAGUGGCGGUGAACAAUAUUUUCAUCAAGCAGGAAAUGCCCACAGAAAUCCCUUUGUCCACCAGCCCACACCAGCCACAGCUGUACCAGAUGUCCCUUGGCAAUGGUGGUGCAGAUGUUGCCACAAUGGCACCUUCUACUGGCAGCACCACAGCCAUCAAUACUCUCAGCGGUGUCACCAUGUCCACAGGCAAUGCCAUGUCCAGCAUAGUCCACAGACCUGUCCAGCCAAGUGGACAAGUGAAACAGUUCCACCAUGUCUCCCAAGGACAGGGGAAUUUCAACAUCACAGGGCAAUUCUAUCCUGUCCCAGGAGUGAACCUGCCCCCUUCACCCCCAAAUUCACAGCCAGGUAGCCCUGAGAAUCAGCCUGAGCUCAUCAACACCAUUUCCCCCCCACCAUCCUAUGAAGCCACUUUUGGACUGAAACUGGUGCAGUCAUCCCAGAUGCCCACACUCCCAGAUGGGCUUGGGGCACUUUCCCAAGGGCACAUUAUAAUGCAACCCCCCAAAUACAACAGACGCAACAAUCCUGAACUGGAGAAAAGAAGGAUCCAUCAUUGUGAUUAUCCAGGCUGCACUAAAGUUUACACCAAGAGCUCCCACCUGAAAGCACAUCAGAGAACUCACACAGGAGAGAAACCGUACAAGUGUACAUGGGAAGGCUGCGACUGGCGUUUUGCCCGCUCUGAUGAGCUAACCCGGCACUAUCGCAAGCACACGGGUGCCAAGCCUUUCAAGUGCAUUGCUUGCGGGCGCUGUUUCUCCCGCUCUGACCACCUGGCCCUCCACAUGAAGAGACACCAAAACUAGUGGCAGGACCCCCACCAUAACCUCCAUCUCCAGGAGCAGCUGGGACUCCUUCCCUCUCUGAUGGACUCUUUUUAUACAUAGGAACAAAACCAGGCUGUGACUCAAUGACAGCAUGGGGUCUGGAUGUGUCCGCGCCCUGUCACGAAAGUUCUCUUGUUGAAAGAUUAUUAAAGAUAGACCUGUACACUGGCAAAGAUCCCACUCAUCAAUGAGGAGAUGUUCUUUGGACUUCCGAAUUCUUUCAUCCAGCAAAUUCACUAUUUAUUUUUCACUCAGGAGCAAUUUUCUCUUUUGUGUCAAACUUCGGGACUUUUCUUUCCCUUUCAGGUCUCUGUCUUGUUGGAAGGAGCAGGGAUGUAUUGGGAAGAUGGGCUAGCCAGCAGAUGAAAGGGCUUAUUUAAGUUUUUGGUGGAAUCCCUUUGGACCUGUCCAUCUCAUGACCAAAGGAUACUCACAUAAUGCAGCAAUAGCAGCAAAUGUUCACUGCUUGUUUGGAAAGUCAAGUCUUUUACCUUGUUCUAUAUAUCAGUGCAAGAAACAAGGAUGGAAAAAUUCCCGUAUCUGACAUGCCCCAUGACUGGCGCAGAUCAAAUGCAGAUGAUAUGCUAUUCAUGCUCCCCUGAGCCUGCUUGCUGUUUCCUGCACUGAGGUGGCUUUGGGGCAUAAAUUCCUAUGCAUUUUGACCAAGUAUUUCCAUCACUGUGCCCUUAUUGCUUCUGGUUCCAGGAUGGUUUUGGUUUAUGUGGUUGCUGUGAGAACCAGCAUGGCUUUCAGAGGCAGGAAGUGGGCAGUCACCAGGAAAACACAAAGCUUUGCACUGUACCAUUGAUUUCCCAGAAUGCACCGGGCAGGUCUCUUCAUGCCUUGAACACAAGAGACUAUUACAAAUCAGAUAUUUUUGCUGUUGCUUUUCAUGCAUUUUACCAAGUUCAGAAAUGCCGCUUUCAAGAAAUUCUAAUAAAUCCUGCUGUCCACAUUGUAAUCUUGUUACCUACCUCACAGGUUCAUGACCUUGGGCUCUUUAAGGAAUCUUCAUUGUCUUCCUUAACAUGCUGUGAUGUGUAGUGUAUGCCAGAAACUGCUAAAGCCUAUGAAAAAUUAAACAUAGGCAGAACAAGAACAGGUGAUGCCAAUUUAAACAGCAGCAAUGUAGAUAAUGAAUAAAUCAAGAACAAGUAAUCAAUCAGCCUUGCAUGUUCAACAGAACACUGAUUUUCCUGAUGAAGCAAUGUAAGUAAUGUACAGAUGGUGACAUGUGCGAUAGAUUCUCUGCUAACAGGAUCUAGGGCUUUAGUGGCUCUGGAAAUUUUAACCCCAAGUGUGGCCUAAUAGUCAAAUGUGGCCACUAGUUACCCUUCUCCAUGUAAAUAAAAUCAGUCAGACUUCUGGUGAACAGAGCCAGCAAGUUUAGUUUUGCAUGUGUCAAUGAAGAUGCAAGUGAAGGCAGAUGUUAGGGAUGAUGCACAGUCAUUACUGGUUUAGGGUUACACAUUCAUUAAUGUAGGUGUGGCACUGGGGACACUGGCAAGCCACCUGUAAGGCUCUGUGAGCUCAACAUUUGGGCUGUCCCUGAUUAAGUACUUUCUAAGCAGCUUGCCCAACCAGUUCAGAGAGCCCUGUUAAGGCCAGGUAAAUAAGCCAGCUGCAGUGACUCACUGGAAUUAAACUUUGGUGACCUCCAGAUGUGCAGGCUGAGCCAGGGGUGGAAAAGUCACUGCAGAGCUUGGCACCAAGUCUGUGAACAGGGAUCAGGUUCCUGUCUUGGCUUAUUGAGCUGCACUGCCUGGGCUUACCAGGUCUGACUUGACUCCACUCUCCAGACAUUCCAGCUUGCCUGUGUUCUUUCUUGAAUGGGCUGGGAAGCUCUGGUGAUUUGGGUUCUCCAGCAAGUCAACACCAACCCCUCCCACACCUCUAUUGUGACCCUGACAAAUGGUAGUUACCCUAUAGCCAGGGCCAGGCAUGUAAAUCAGUCAAAGACGACAAACAUAAUAGAAGCCAAAACAAGCAAGGCUUGGAACCCAAGUGUGUGACUGUACAUUUCACACACUGCUUUCUAGUGUGGCUAGGGAAGUUUUCCUGUGCAUCUCCACCAGGGUUGCAUCUCUUUAUUAAAAAGCCUGUAUUAUAACACAAGGAACCCUUGGGAACUGCGAUGUGCCAUAUGCUUUUUCUGUAAAAUAUGUAUUCUUUUAUCAUAUACCUUGUCAAAUAGGGGGUGUGUUUUGUGUGUGGAUGUAGUUAGAGCAGAAUUCUUUCAUUGGCACAGACUCUGGUGUGCACAGGCACAUGCCAAAGACAUGACAGUCCUAAUUAUCCAGUGUUCAAAGGUAUUCCUGAGGAUGGGGUGUUCCGUCUGAGUUCAGAACAUGCUUUAAAGCUAAGUGUUGUACAAAAUAGUUUAUCCUUUAGAACUCUGUGCUGACAUCAGGCCAAUUCUGGCAGCCAGAUAUGGCAACAAACACCAUCACCCCUCUGUCAGAGACAGUGACCAGAGCUAUUUUAUGGGUUUGGUGUGCCAUUUCUCCAACACUGAUAGGUGCCGCACUGAGUAUGAAUUCUUCCAGGUAACCAGCAUGUAUCUGUUUACAGAAAGAUCCAAUGACUGUAUGAUGCGGGGUGGGGAAGUUUUUCAGGCUUUCAGAACGGCACACAUGCAUAUGUACACUGUCUUUACAGUUAUCUAAGCUCAAAGGCAUUUCAUUGUAAGACAGUAUAUUCUUAGGCAACUACAUCUGGUGUAUCCUGGAAGUUAGGGCUGGGUCAGUGGCUUAGGUGGAAACCCAAACCAGCCAUGUUGAAACCUGUUGUGCCCAACCCAAACAUAGUUGGCUUGGGUUCAGCUGACAGCAUUGCAAUAUAGUGCAAAUGCAAGUCUUUUCACACCAUCCCUCCUUCUUAUUAAACUCCCCUACCCACCCACAUUCUCCCCAGAUAAUACAUGAUCCUAGUAAUUAACAGCUUGGUUGCAGCGGUCUCACCAAAAACAGCAGCUUAAAAAUGCAACAUUAAGAAAUCAGAGGCACAAAUCUUAGUAGUGUGCCUAGUGCAGUAGCCCACAUGUAUGGUCUCACUCCAGCCCUCCAGCUGUGCGUGCAGUCUUGUGUGAAACAGGGAGAAGGUCCAUAUACAGUCUGUGGAUUCUUGGCAGCAUAUAGCUUCCAGUAGUUAAGGAUGUUACUGUUCAAAGUUUAUUUGCUACUGCAUCAGCUACAACGUGUCGGCACAAUGAGGCAGCAAUAAGUCUACAGAAGAUCUUCUUGCUCUAGUUGGCUUAAUAUUAGACAUUACAUGGAUUUUUUUCAUUUCAGUUUUAUAUCUUCUUUCUGGUGUACUUUUUAUAGCUUAGGAAAAUGUUGUAUUUAAAAAAAAAUCAAAAGAAAAUUUCCCACAAAAGAAGCUGAGAGGCUGAUUAAAAUGCAAAACAGGUUUGAACAAGAAACAAUUUCCUCCUCUUCUACACGUUAGACUCACAUACACAUGUGCAGUGUUGUAUUGAUACUAAGUGAUUAAUGGGAACUGUUUAGUCAUUAAAGUGACUCAAAAUAUAAUAUCUUUACUUGACAAAUUCCCUUUUUGGGAAAAAGUAACUGCAGUUUUGGUUUGUUUAAAAAAAAAAAAUCUUUUUCAGUACCAUGCUUGCUUGGUAAAGUAAAUCAAAAUUAAAAAACAAAACUUGAAAAACAUUUUCUAAAUCUUGAAGUCAAACCAGAGUAAUUUUGACUGGAAAACCUACUGCUUUCAGGAAAAUUGGAAACAUUUGGGGCUUUUUUGUGAAUAGUAACUAAAAUUUUCUAUCAGUUUUUGAAAGCAUGUAGCCAGAGUCAUUUUUUUCUUUAAAAGACCGUUUUGCUGUUCCCUCUUUGUGUGAUCCAUAAGUGAGACCCACUGGAACCUUAAGUGGAACUUGAAAGCAUUUGAGGAAUUAGCAUAUUACAAAAAAAUUCUUGGAUAGUGCCUCAUAGGGAGAGCACCACUGCAGCACAUUUAGCUAUUACAGUAAAACAACAUGUCUAGAAAGACAACAAGCCCAGACCAGCAUAUAGCUGCCUGUCCCGUGUCAUGGGCCUUCAAGAAGAGUGGACCAUGAGAAGAGUUUGAAAAAGUGUUGGAGGCUAUUUCCCCAUCUUAAGCACAAGAUUCUGUUUCCCUCUCCUACAGGCAUAAGGACCCAUGAGCUGGAUUUUCCAUGUUUCCUUCAGAAUAAAAUUUGGAGAAUUAAUAUCCCUAUUUUGGGCUUUCAUUUGUGCUUUUGAGUUUGUAACACAGUGGAGCAAUUUCUGUAAAUAAUAGGGAACUUUGUACAGAAUUUUGUAUGUGGAGUUAAAACAAUUGUUUACUGUAUAAAACAAACACACACACAAAAUUGGGACCUGGAAAACUGUGGUGGAAGGUUUAUUUUCUGCAUAUGUCUUUGUUUGUCACUUUUACAAAUAUUAAUUCAUCUAAUAUUUUGUAAUAAAAUGUCACUGCAGGGAAGGAUAGUCAUUCUUCUCCCCUCCACCCCAAUGCCAUUUUAGUAGUAAUUGCCUGAUUUCUUGCUACAUUGCCAUAAAUGCCAUAAUCCAGUUGCUAGUGUCUCUCACUCUGUGUGAAGAGGUGUAUUCGUUAUAUCAAUACACAGUAGUUAGGGGGCUGGAAGUAACUUCAUUGCUGACUACAAGGGAAAGGCUAAGAAUUCUACUCAUCUACACAAACCCAAUCUAAACCAGCAGAAGUCCUAACUGCUGCUGUUUCUUGAGCACAAACCAAUUCUGCCCAGCUAUGAGCAGAAUGGGAGAUCAGAAGGAUAUGUUAGACUUUACCUUUUAUAAAAAAUGCAAUCAAAAGAGAAUUUUCAUUAGGAUGGACUAGAAAAUCAGGGUGCCCAGAUUCAAUGAAAAAGUCACCAUUUGUAAUACAGGAAAUCUCAGGACACAGACAAUCUAAUUUGUAUUCAGUGGUUCAGGAGAAGGCUGAAUGUCCUCCACCUGCCAAUAGACUUGGCUAAAUGUGUACUGUUAAGUAGGGAAAAGGAAAAGGGAUCCUUUUUUAACUUUCACAGCUAAUUGGUCACCUUAAGAUCUGUGGAGCAUGAUAUUUGAUCAUUCUUAGCCUAGCUUGUGUAUCAGUUGGGGCGAAUACUUUGUGAUACAACAUGCAGCACAGAAAAGCAGCUAAAAGGUUAAUCAGCAGUUUACUAUGCCCCCCUCAAAUUUACACUCCUGUGUCCUGAAAUAAGAAUAUCAUCUGUGAGGCCAAUGCUUUGUCAUGGAUUCUUAUGCAAAGCUUCUUAUGCAAAGCUUGUUAGCUAACAUCUGUCUGCAAGGUACCCACCUCUCCCUGGCUUCUAAAGUCCCUUCUGUGAAUUCAUAAGAGCAGUCUUCAAGUUACUUCCUGUAAUUGGUAAUUCUGGGGAGGAAGAGGUUGAGAAAAUGAAAAUCCCUCCCUUGCACAAAAAUUUAAAAAAAGAAAAAAAGAAAAAAGAGAGAGUGCGAUUAUGAGUUGGCAGGUGUACAAUGUGAUGGGUGUCUUGGAUGUUAAACUCAACUUGUACAUUUUUUUUUUUAUAAAAAGGAAUGAAAUAAACAGAUCUUUUUAAACCA